UUUUCUUUUGCAAAUAGCAAUGUUAUUAAUUGAGGUUUGGAGUUGUUUGAUUCAUUAUUCUUGUUGGUGCUUGAUGUGUGCGAUUGAGCAUCGACAUAUGGCAUACCCAAAAUCAAGAUCCAAAAAUGGCAGUAUGAUUGUGUUGUGCUUGGGUUGCGUCCAGUGGAGCAAUGGUGGGGAUGAAGGUGCAUACAUGUUGAAGCUGCUGAAUGCACUGAAACCCCCUGGCUGGUCCAACACCACCCACAUGUGCGAGUGGAGAGGCGUGACUUGCAACAAUCAAAGUGGAAGAAUUGAACAGAUCUGUCACUGACGGGAAGAGUUCCUUCAGGCCUCAACGACUCCCUCUCCCAACUCACAAUCCUCAAUCUCUACAACAAUUAUCUGAGUGGGCCAACCCCACCUUCCUCCGACAAGUGUACCUCGGCUACAACAACUUCACCUCCAUCCCUCAUGGUUGCUUUCAUGGUCUAACUAGUUUGCAGUACUUGACCUUGAGUAACCUCAAGCUCCCACCAUGAAACUUUCCUACCGAUUUGAUUGCUCACUCCUCCCAACUCCAAUACCUCUACAUACCUCUCUUCUAUAAAUCUCACGGGCUCCUUACCAAACAUAUCUCAUUCCUUCCCAGCUAUCAAAAAUCUUUAUCUUCCUAACAACAACCUCUCCUCCAUCCAAUCUAACCAAUUUGGAGGCCCUCUAUUUGGCCAACAACACCAACCUCCCACCAUGGACCUUCCCCUUCGAUUUGACUCAUUCCUCAUUGAAACUUUCCUACCUGGACCUCAAGGCUACAAAUCUCAUGGGAUCCCUACCAAACUUGUCUCAUUUCUUCCCAGAUUUGUACCUAGUUUCACUCUCUAACAACCACCUUAGCUUCAUCCCCCAAGGUUGCUUCCAGGGUCUACCCAGUUUGCUGAGGCUCAACUUGGGAAACAACACCAAUCUUGCACCAUGGACCUUCCCCAACGUGACUCACUCCACACAACUGAAAGAGCUCAAUCUUGUUGCUACAAAUGUAACAGGCUUCUUACCAGCAGACAUAUUAAAAUCGUUGCCGAACUUGCAAACAAUUCUUCUCUCCAACAACCACCUUACUGGGGUUUCGCCAGAGUCUUUCGGAGGAUCUAAGGUUGUCACACUGCGUCUCAACGAUAACGGCUUUUCGGGUACAAUUGAUGUGCUUUCAAACAUGGUCGACUUGUCUGAAGCUUGGCUUCAGGGAAACUCCUUUGAAGGCCCAAUUCCUGACUUGUCCCGUUCUACAGCUUUGCUAGAUCUGCAACUUGCCCACAAUCUGUUAACAGGGAUAGUUCCAGAUUCUCUAACAACACUCGAUUCGCUGCAAAGCAUUUCUUUGAACGACAACUUUUUGCAAGGUCCUUUGCCCCAAUUUGCCAUUUAUCCUGAGGAGAAUGUGAAUCUUGGUGUUAACACCUCAAAUGGCUUCUGUCACAAAAAUUUUGGACCUUGUGAUCACAAAGUGACCAUUUUACUUGAAAUUGCUGCAGAAUUUGGGUAUCCAAUUUUGUUGCCACGUUCAUGGAGAGGAAAUAAUGCCUGUAAAAAUUGGAGUUUCAUUACAUGUGAUGACAAAAAUAAGAUCAGAAUAGUCAAUUUGUCAAAUCUGAAAUUGACAGGCACAAUUUCACCUGCAUUCGCCAAUUUAACUGAUUUGCGGAAAUUGUAUUUGGAUGACAAUAAUUUGACGGGUGAAAUACCUCAAAGAUUGACAACAUUGCCUAAAUUUGAAGUUGUGAAUGUCUCUAACAACCAUCUUUCAGGAAAUAUUCCCAAAUUCUCACCAAAAGUCAACUUUAUUGCCACAGGCAAUGAUUUUCAUAGUGGUUCCGACCAUAGAAUCUCAAUUCCUUUGAUUAUAGGUACUUCUUCCUACCUUCACAUGUACCAUAUAAGAAUUUUUUAG